GAAGGUCCCAGCAGCCAGAGAGCCACACUCCGGGACGAGCCUCUGUGGGAUCCCCGCCUCCGUCACGUGGGUGCCGAACCGGGUCGGUGCUGGCGGGUCCGCCACUUGGUUGGCAGUUGGUCCUUGGGCCAGUGGCCUGUCACUGGAUUCUCGCUCUUAUGUUGUAAAGUGUGAGGGACACAGGAGCGACCUGCAUACCUGAGCCUCUGAGAGAGAAGCUGCACUCUGGCAUCCAGUAGCAGCAGGAGACUAAGCAGAUAAAAGGAGUCAUGACUUCUGACGCUAGUCAUAUGCUGGAAGCUGCCCUGGAGCAGAUGGACGGGAUCAUUGCAGGCACUAAAACAGCUGCAGAUUUUAGUGAUGGUACCUGUGAGCCUGGGCUGUCUCCUCCAGCCACCUGCUUGAACUCCAUGCCUGUGCUCCAUCUCAUUGAGGACCUGAGACUAGCCUUGGAGAUGUUGGUGCUUCCUCAGGAAAGAGAAGCCCUCCUGAGCCAGGUCCCUGGCCCAACAGCUACCUACAUAAAGGAGUGGUUUGAGGACAGCUUGUCCCAGGUAAAUCACCACGGUGCUGCUAGUAAUGAAACCUACCAGGAACGCCUGGCACGGCUAGAAGGAGAUAAAGAGUCCCUCAUACUACAGGUGAGCGUCCUCACAGAUCAAGUGGAAGCCCAAGGAGAGAAGAUUCGGGACCUUGAAGUGUGUCUGGAAGGUCACCAGGUGAAGCUCAAUGCUGCAGAAGAGAUGCUUCAGCAGGAGCUGCUAAGUCGCACAUCUCUGGAGACCCAGAAGUUGGAUCUGAUGACUGAGGUGUCUGAGCUGAAGCUCAAGCUGGUUGGUAUGGAGAAAGAACAGAAAGAACAAGAAGAAAAACAGAGAAAAGCAGAGGAGUUACUGCAAGAGCUUAAGCACCUCAAAAUCAAGGUGGAGGAGCUGGAGAACGAGCGGAACCAGUAUGAGUGGGAGCUGAAGGCCACCAAGGCUGAGGUAGCCCAGCUGCAAGAACAGGUGGCCCUAAAAGAUGCAGAAAUUGAGCGUCUCCACAGCCAACUCUCCCGGAGUGCAGCUCUCCACAGCGACCAUGCAGAGCGAGAUCAAGAAAUCCACCGUCUGAAAAUGGGGAUGGAAACACUGCUUGUUGCCAAUGAGGAUAAGGACCGUCGGAUAGAGGAGCUGACAGGGCUGUUGAACAAGUACCUAAGGGUAAAGGAGAUUGUGAUGGCAACUCAGGGGCCUUCAGAAAGAACCCUCUCCAUCAAUGAAGAUGAAAUAGAGGGAAGCUUCCGAAAAUGGAAUACCACAAAUAAAAGCCCAGAGGAAGUCCUGAAGCAAGAGAUAGCACCACGAUGCAGCUCUCCCACUCCAGGACCACCUCCUUUGCCACAGAAAUCACUGGAGACCAGGGCUCAGAAGAAACUCUCCUGUAGUCUAGAAGACUUGAGACGUGAAUCUGGGGAUAAGUGUGUCGAUGGGAACCAGCUCUCCCCGGUGGGAGAACCCAAGGACAGCUCUUUCCUAGCAGAGCAGAAAUACCCCACAUUACCUGGGAAGCUUUCAGGAGCCACACCCAAUGGAGAAGCUGCCAAAUCUCCUCCCACUGCCUCCCUCCAGCCUGACUCUUCAGGGAGCAGCCAGCCAAAGCUGAAUCGCGGCUGGAGUGUCAGUGCUCCCGUAUUAGGAGACACAGAAGGAGGUUGGGAAGAUAUAGUCUCAUCUGCUUCGUCUGGUACUGAGUCAAGCCCUCAGUCUCCCGUGACACCAGAUGGCAAACGGAGCCCCAAAGGCAUUAAGAAAUUCUGGGGAAAGAUCCGAAGAACUCAGUCUGGAAACUUCAAUACUGAUGCACCGGGUAUGGCAGAGUUUCGACGAGGUGGGCUCCGAGCGACUGCGGGACCAAGGCUUUCUAGGACCAGGGACACCAAGGGACAGAAAUGUGAUGCCAAUGCCCCCUUUGCCCAGUGGAGCACAGAACGUGUAUGUACAUGGAUGGAGGAUUUCGGCCUGGGUCAGUAUGUGAUCUUUGCCAGACAGUGGGUGACAUCUGGACAUACACUAUUGACAGCUACCCCUCAGGACAUGGAAAAGGAGCUAGGGAUUAAACACCCCCUCCAUAGGAAGAAGCUGGUUUUAGCAGUGAAAGCUAUCAACACCAAGCAAGAAGAAAAGUCUGCGCUACUGGACCACAUUUGGGUGACACGGUGGCUUGAUGAUAUUGGCUUACCCCAAUACAAAGACCAGUUUCAUGAAUCAAGAGUUGAUGGGCGAAUGCUGCAAUACCUAACUGUGAAUGAUCUACUCUUCUUAAAAGUCACCAGCCAACUACAUCAUCUCAGCAUCAAAUGUGCUAUUCACGUGCUACAUGUCAACAAGUUCAACCCCAACUGCCUGCACAGGAGGCCUGCUGAUGAGAGUAACCUUUCCCCUUCCGAAGUUGUGCAGUGGUCCAACCACAGGGUAAUGGAGUGGCUGCGAUCCGUGGACCUGGCAGAGUAUGCACCCAACCUUCGAGGGAGUGGCGUCCAUGGCGGCCUCAUUAUCCUGGAGCCUCGCUUUACUGGGGACACCCUGGCUAUGCUUCUUAACAUCCCCCCACAGAAGACGCUCCUCAGGCGCCAUCUGACCACCAAGUUCAACGCCCUGAUUGGUCCUGAGGCUGAACAGGAAAAGCGAGACAAAAUGGCCUCACCUGCUUACACACCUCUGACCACCACCGCCAAAGUUCGGCCUAAGAAACUUGGAUUUUCACAUUUUGGAAACAUGAGAAAAAAGAAGUUUGAUGAAUCUACAGAUUACAUUUGCCCCAUGGAGCCUGGAGAUUCUGUCAGUGACAGCCACAGGGUCUACGGAGUCUACCGGGGCCUCAGUCCCCUUGAUAACCAUGAACUAGAUGGUUUGGACCAGAUGGCACCUUCUGAAGGCACUGUGACACAGAUAGGGCUCCUCUCCCAAGACAUCCACCGCCUCACGACUCUACUGAGCCAGGACCAACUCCUGAAUGACCGCCUGGCUGUCCCUGAUGCUGAUGACUGCAGAUGACAUUCUUCAUGGCUGAGAGCCUAGAGAGGCACACGUGGAGCCCCAAUGUUCGCCUUAAUGGGGAGUUGGCACAGAGCCACCGAGAGAUGGGGCUUAUGGGCCCCUUUGGAUGUAGGCGCUGACCAGAGCAAAAGCAGAGGGGUGGGACAGGUAUCCGGUCGUGUCCCCGCGUUUCCCUGUGUCGUCAGCGCUUGCUUUCCACUGCAACUUUUCUACCUUUUAUACUUUUAUAUGCCAACUGCAGAUGAUCCUGCAGAGGUGAAGGUGGUGUGGUAAAUGCAGAACAAAGACAAUGAGCUGUUAGUUCAUGAAAGCCUGUGAUUGGAGGUGGGGAAAGGUUGUAUAAGCCGUUCUGUGUGUCAUGCAGUGGCUGAGUGAAAUGAUUUGGGGGGAGGGGUAGUGGACCCUCUGGGGCAGCUUCAUAGAAGUAUGCAUGUCCACUUCCAGAAGCCUGGGCCUCUGAAUCAGGACUCUUCUCUUGAUUCCCCAACAGCUUUCAUCUACCCUCAUUCCAAGACACAUUUCCCCCUCAGCUGCCUCAAAUACAGUGUCUGGUCAAACACCGCCCCCUGGUGGACAGUCUCCAAACUCAAACUUCAUUGUUUUUUCCUGUUGUGUCUCAUACAAGCCAGUUCCCUCCCAGGCCAUGACUAUUCUAGUUCCAGCCUUGCUGUCUGAUCGCUGUCCCUGGUUUUCUACUUGGUCCCUCACUUUCCUAGACGAUCCCUGCCAACCAUUCUCCACUUCUGUCACCUAGUCACAUUUCUGCUUUGAAUUCCUUAGUCGCAGAUGGACAUGCCAUCUUGCCACCUUUGUGCCACCUUUCCACCAUCAUGCUUACCUUUGUGAGUCCACCGAUGUGUCUUUGCUUCACUUCCUUUAUUCUUUCUUUUGGUUCCAAAUCAACUCUGCCCUUCAGCAUUGUGUGCCUCUGAGAUGUUCACAGUUCACUUUAAGGUUAUAUGCACAUGUAUACCUGAUACACAAACCAGCUGAGCUGCUGUAGUCUGUGUGGCCUAAGUGAGUUCCAAGUGUAUUGCUUGUAAUCAAGUUGCCAGUCACCACUAUCCUUGGUCUUCCCUGCAGAUGUCAUUGGCACCUCUUCUAGCUAGGAAAGCCAAAAGCAUCUCCAGGCUUUGUCCAGUGACAAGUGAAAUCACCAGAAGGUCUACAGAAUGAAAGAUCCAAUGAUGUGGAAUGAGUCCAGUGGUGAAAGGCUUUGCAGCUGACCCUAGUGGCACAUGCUCGUAAUCCUAGUUAUUAUUAGUUGGAAAGCUGAGGUAGAAGGGUUGUGGGGUUCACAGAUGACUUGAGCUACAGAGUGAGUUCAAGGCUAAGCGGGGCAGUGUAGCAGCGAGUGAGCCGUUGUGUCUUUCCCUGAGGGGGUCAUUAUGAUAGAAUACACUGAGUACAAUUGGGUGAAUGAACGAGGGAGUGUCCCUCCCGGGCCUGUUUGAGAUGGUGUUUGGCCCCCUGUGGGUGAGAUUCAAGGAUAUAGCAGAGCUCCAGGGAACCCCAUUCCUCUCUUCUUUUUCUUGUACCCCCCACCCUCCCGCAUGCACACACACACACACGUGCACAUUAAGUAGCAAAUCCUGCAGCAAGUGCUAACACUGCAGCUACUUUGCCAGUUCUUCCGAAAGGAUAUAAAAUUAAACAGAUGCAGGUUUAAAGACAACUCUGCCACCCACUGUCUGAAUGGCUGGAGAAAUGCAUGACUAACGCUGUCUGUUUCCUCCUGUGCGACUUAGAGAACAAAAGCUCCGUAGAACCUCUGGCCCAUUAGGAAGAUUAUAAGGAAUGGAGUUGGGGUGAGCUUUAACCCCUGCAGUAGCAGAGCACCAGUAUGUUAUUCUCACUUUGACCUGCAGGUGGCACUAGUGGUCCCUGUAUCAUCUGGUUUGAAUGAUGGGAUUUGAAGCACAGCUUCUGGGAAAUGGGAAAUGAAGAAACGUAACCAUGCCAACUUUGACACAGUGCCAAGGUGGAGGAUACUAAAAUAUAAAUAUCCACAAUAUUGCCAUCUGCUGUACAAAAUGCAGAGAGUCAGAAAGGGGUUCCUGGAGCCUACCUACUGUGGAUUUAGUGCCCUGACAUACAGCUUUUUUUAAAAAAGUGUCUCACAAGGCAAGGAAGACCACACAAGGCCUUUGCCCUCUUGUGAGUUUGGCCUUCAAAGCAGAGAAAUGUAAAGAAGGUUCGUAAGUGGUUAGGUUGAUAGAGACCUGUUCGGAUCCUGCUGGAAUGCUAUCCCGUAACCGUCGCUAUAUUGCCAGUUCUGGUCACACCCCUACUCCUUUUCACCCUCACCUCACAUCAGCAAGUCCUGGGUUGCCCAGUGUAUUUUCUACAUAUCCACACAUUGUAAGCUAAAUGCAAAGCAGUCCAGUUUAUUCCGCUAAGCCAUGGAGAAAGUCAUGGAGAAAGUGGCUUCCUUCCCAGCCUCCAAACCUGGAAGCUCCAAAAUCACUUUUGUCUUCAGCCCAUGAACACUUCUUAGGCCCACAACCAAAAGAACAUCAUGCCCAAGGGUGCAUGGAGAGACACCUUGCAAAUACCUGACUUGAACAGGGUGAAGCCAAACUCACUCUAAAACAGAGAGAGGGACCCGCUAAGUAGUGUGGGAGGUGUUAGUAGGUAAAAAUC